UUUGUGCGAAUAAAACGCAUCAUGUAACGCGGUGUCACGAGAUCUGUAUAUACAGUCAUGAAUCUACUAUUUUUGUAAAUCGAAUAUUAUUGUGAAUCAAUACAAAUUCUCACUUUGUGCGUUUUAAUGGAAGCGGUAUUGAUAAUAUCGUCUAGCACAAAAACAUUACCUGUUAAGAAUGACAAUGCAUAUGCGCUAGGAUACCCAGGCAUGGUAUCAAAGAUACCUGACUACAACAUUGAUAUUGGCAUUCAGGACCAGUCAAUUCGAAGUAGCAAGCCUCUUUACAGCUAUAACUACAACAUUGAUACUGGCAUUCAGAUCCAAGAGAGUGGUUACCUCAAUCAUAUAGGCACCGACAAGGAGGCCCUGGAAGCGCGAGGCAGCUACGGCUACAUUGACAAUGAGGGCAAUUUUUUCUCUGUUUUAUAUACAGCCAAUGAGAACGGAUUUCAGCCGGAAGGUGCUCACUUGCCUACAGUACCACCAUUAAUAAUAAAGGCCCUUCAGUAUAUCGCCAAACAUCCCGAGGAGAACGGGGAAUAAGGACAUUAAGGGAGGAAACCAGUGUAACGGCUAAAAAUAGGCUAUUUUUAAGUAUUUUUUUUUUUGUAAAUAAUGGUUUUUUUCAAAUCACUUUAUUAACAUCACAAAGUAUAUAAUUUAAACUACAUUUCGUGGAAUUUUCGUUAAAAAAUAUUAAUAUUUAUAGCUAUAAUAGCCAAUAGUGUGAACCGCCUUAAGAAAAAAUAAUUUGUUACAAAAUGGCAGACUUUUGAAGAAAAAAGUUCCAAAAUCGGUGAGAAAUUGACUUCUGUUUUUUAAUAUUACAAAAAAACAAAUUAUUCAAUCGAAAAUUCCAUACGUGCAACUAAAGCUAUUGUCUCAUAUUUUAAGAAAAUACUUGUUUUUUUUUUGUUUCGGAGCUUUCGUUGCCCCACUACGCAUGCGUCCAUUUUUUUUUAAGACGGUUCACAAUAUUGGUUAUUGUAGUUAUAAAUAUUAAUAUUUUUUAAUAAAAAUUUCACAAAAAGUAAUUUGAAGUAUGUACUUUGUGAUGUUAAUAAAACGUAACUCGAAAAAAAAAAAACCUUAAAAAUAGCCUUUUUUUCAGCUGUUAUACUGGUUUCUCCACCUUAAAACGUGACAAAAAUAUGCGUAAAAUGGGCAAAAAUAUUAACAAGACAAACUAUAUAUUGAUAUAAAGAUUGUGCGUACGAAUCAUUGCUUAUUAUUAUUAUACCAUCGACUCUCCGAAUCCUUCAGAUGAUGGGUUAUGUUCUUCUUGUAACACGCGAUGUUCAUAAUGUUGUAUACAUGGAUAUAUAAGUAAAUAUAUAAUAUCUUAAAAAUACA